GUAUGCGGAAGUCAGUGUCAGCUGACGUCCAUGCGACUUAGUGUUUUAAACCAAAAAUUAAACUCCCUGUCGGUUUUGUUUGCAUCUUUAGCGAACUUUCUUUGCAGCACGGAUCAUGUUACGCCCCAAAGCAUUAACUCAGGUCCUUAGUCAGGCGAAUACAAACGGAGUACAGAGCACAUUAUUAUUGAAUAAUGAAGGAUCUCUGCUGGCUUACUCGGGUUACGGGGACACGGACGCUCGGGUUACUGCAGCCAUCGCCAGCAACAUCUGGGCUGCUUAUGACAAAAACGGACACCAGGCUUUUAACGAGGACAAACUCAAGUUUAUUCUGAUGGACUGCAUGGAAGGCAGAGUGGCGAUUACGCGGGUCGCAAACUUACUCCUUUGCAUGUACGCUAAGGAGACGGUGGGCUUCGGGAUGCUGAAAGCCAAGGCGGAGGCUCUGGUGGAGUACCUUCAGGAACCACUCACACAAGUGGCAGCGUCAUAGAGAGACAGAGUGAGAGAAAUCUCAAAUCGGCCUUUAUUUCUGUUAAACCCCUGUUUAUUCAGGCUUUAUUUAUUUGCUUUGUUGAUUCUUCUGGUCUUUAUUACAGAUUAAAAUUGUGGAAUUCUUAUUAAUCAGUUUUUUUUCUCAGCAUCUUGUGUUUGCACCUAACCAAUAACAUUAUAAAUAAGCCAAUAUUUGGUUAAAAAAUAAUAAAUGUGCUUUUUUU